UGCGGCCGGGGCCGGGUGCCGUACGGCGAGCCGGGGCCCUUCCUCUGCUCGUCCCGGCGGUCGCCAGUGCGCGGGGCCGGGCCGGAGCGGCCAUGGCCAGUACAAUGGUGGCAGUCGGGCUGACCAUAGCAGCAGCGGGAUUUGCAGGUCGCUAUGCAGUAAAAGCUAUGAAACAAAUGGAGCCUCAAGUAAAACAAGCACUUCAGAAUCUACCAAAACCUGCCUUCAGUGGUUAUUACAGAGGUGGAUUUGAACCCAAAAUGACUAAACGAGAAGCAGCUUUAAUACUAGGAGUGAGCCCUACAGCCAACAGAAGUAAAAUUAGAGAAGCACACAGAAGGAUCAUGCUUCUGAAUCACCCAGAUAAAGGUGGUUCUCCAUAUGUAGCAGCCAAAAUCAAUGAAGCUAAAGAUUUACUGGAAGACCAAGCUAAAAAAUGAGAGAGAAAAUCAGGAUUUGUCCAUGCAAAUAAUUAUUUUUGAUAAAUGACUUCAGAGAAA